UGCUGCAAUGGAUCGCCUAACCCCAAUUGAAUAUUACAUUAUCUCAAUUUACAUGUGUUUUCUGAUUCUAGUAGGGGGAUCUAUUCAAAUAGUUACUUUGGUAGUCCUCAUACGAUCUAACGAUCUCAAGACCAAGUCCUUAACGCCAUAUUUGAUCAAUGUAGUAGCAGCAAACAUGGUCAUGAUAGUGGGAAGUUUYCCAUCGACGUUGGCUUCAUCCAUUGCCAAUGAGUGGGCUUUCAACGAUGCUGUGUGUCGUGUAGUUGGUUUUCUGGGCGGUAUAGCUUCUAUUGCAAUGAUCGCCACGAUGACAUGCAUAACAGUCAAAAUAUAUAAUACUUUUACAUUACGCGAAUUCACUAACCAUCCAACURACGAUAACAAGCAUCGUAAGGUCAUAUUUGUSGUUUGGUUGUUCUCUUUCCUUUCGAUGCUGCCUCCUUUAGCAGGUUGGACAAGUAUGCUUAAGGAAAGUGCMGAUAUGAAUUGCGCUCCGAAUUGGAAUGCCGAGAGCACAGCCGACCUCAUAUACAUAUUACUUUUAACUUUUUUAACGUACAUUAUACCAGUUUCUAUAGCAAGCGUUUACCAUUGGAAAAUCAACAAAGCAAUUMAUGAACAUCUUAAAAAAGUCUCUCGAUUUUCAAGCGCAAAGCGGCAACUGGAAGGUUUUCGCAACAUCAGCAAAAUGGCUGGUUUGGCAAUUGUAGCAUUUACGAUCGCUUGGUUGCCAUAUUGCGUUUAYGUCUUUAUUACAGCUUUUGGAGGAUCGCAUCUGAUUGAUACCAGAACGGAAUUAAUUGCAGCUCUUGUGGCCAAAUCAAGUACUCUGUACAGCCCGUUUAUCUACGCGCUUGUAAAUCCAAGGUUUCGAGCAAGUGUCACGAAAUUCCUUAAAAUCAAACAGAAGUCAUCAACGAACCCAGAAAACACCUCGAAUCCAAGUCAGCCACAAGUCAUCUUUAAAAAUCGUCCUCCAAUCAGACCUCGUGAAGGACUUGGCGACAAUCAGAGUCAAAGUGAUUUCGCUCUCCCAUCUUACUUUGCAAAGAAAAAUGUCACUCGCAGAGAACCUCGUGUUCUUUUUGUCCGACCUGAUGACAGUUAUUUUACCAUGUACAGUGGAGAAAGCGGUGUUCCGACAGAAUGCGUUUAACCAAGAGCCCAUUAUAGCCUCUGUACAUCCGUUACGGAUGUACACAGGCUAAGCCCAUUACUGGUUUAACUAUAAUUUCAUACGGUGGGAGACUGGGACAAAUCAUAUAAGAAAAUCGCAAACCUCUAUUGAUGUGAUCGACUUUAGUGGACAGUUAUAUUAUUUCUCAAUGUUGUCUUUCGUYCCGCUAUAUAGGUCGUAUCAUACCAUCAUGACAAUUAAGAUACUUGUACUCAGUCUCUCACGGUACAAAAUCAGGAAAUAAGAGAUAGAAGACUGGGUGCAAUCAUAACGUAAAGAGCAGUUGAAAAUUCCUGAUGUCGAUGUUAAUCGAUUAUCAGCUCUUUCCACACAUUCCUUUGUAAAUCAAUGCUAGUCCUSAAUAUUCACUUGAUCAACACCAAACAUCAGGAUAUUGUGAAUGUUAAAAUUUGUCCCAAGUCUUAUAAUAUAGGAUAAUAGACUCCUAUUGCAAGCUUCAAUGAAAUGUUACGUGAACUACAGUGAUCCACCUUGGAGUUAAGCCGCGAAAUACACCUUAAUCCAAAAUGCCUGACUAGCCCUUGAUGUGUCGUUUUCAUGAAAUUGUUCUUUGCUUUUAAAGUCACUCAAGCUGAAAGACAAAAGAAUAAUUUUAUGAAAACGAGACAUCAAGGGCUAGUCAGCCAUUUUGGAAUAAGGUGUAUGGCACGCCUUAUCUUCCUUUACAAAAUGAGCCGAGGUCAAAUUGACAUAGAUGUGAACAUCUCCACCCAGAUACAGAAUUUACAAAACUAGAGCUAAUCACAAUUUAAAAAU